AUGUCUGUAAAAGAAUUGAAUAAAGAAUCGCGAGUUACCUUUCUACCAGAACCAUCUUUUCAAGAAGAUCAUGAAGAAAUUAAAGAUGGAGAAGAAACCUCUGAACCGGAAACAGAAUCUGAAUCUAUACCUGAAGAAACUGUUGAAGAAAGAAAAACAGAAGAAUAUGGGCAGAAAGUUGAAAGCACUGUGUUGAUUAUAACAGAAAGUAAGGUUAAGAAGGGUAAAGGUACCAAAACAGGAAAAGGUGCUUCAAAAAAAGGUAAACCCACGAAAGGUAAACCUAAAAAGGCAACACCAGCUUCAAAUGAAUUUGAAUUAGUUGGUAAAAGCAAUGAUGAACUGGUCAAAAUGUACUCCCAGAGUCUAGUACCUACAAAAUCAAGAUCCAAAACAAGAUCGAAGAAAUCCCUCCAACGUCUCACAAGUGAAGCUGAAGGUGAAGACACACAGGAAGACAAACCUUCAAAACCUCAAUCCUGGGAGACUAACCUAGAUCAAGACGCAGAAUCCCUGACAACCCAGGAUAUCACCCCAAAAGAAGAACAAAAGAAGCCAUUGAAGGAAAGUCUUCUCUACGAAGCAGUCAAGUGA